AGAGGGAUGCGGGCGGCAGAGCGCGAGAGGCGGCGGCCGGGCUGCGGAGCGCUGUGACUGUCCAUCCACCCAGUCUGGUCGCGCUCCUCUCUUCGGCCGGUUGGUCGCCUCCUCUCUGCACCCUGGUUUCGGUCUCCUGUUCCUCCUUUGCCCAGACUCUGUUCCUUAUGGCAGUAGCUCCCCGCAUCUGGGGCUCAGCUUCUCAGCGGACUAUCCUCUCGCUCCGCAGGCUGAGCCCGGUCACUGGAUGUUGCUGAAACUCCGGAGAUCAUGCGCUCCUUUGGCCGCAGCCUCAACGCCGGCUGUCCCUGCCGCCGCCCCCUCUGCUGCCGCGGUCCGCGGGAUGCUCUGUAGUCCGCUGCCUGGCCCCAGCGAUCCCGUGUUCUUCAGAAGCCGUUGGUUGCUGCAGAGUUGCGCGAAGUAGUCAUGGUGCUGUGGGAGUCCCCGCGGCAGUGCAGCAGCUGGACACUUUGCGAGGGCUUCUGCUGGCUGCUGCUGCUGCCCGUGACGCUGCUUAUCAUAGCCCGCCCGGUGAAACUCGCUGCUUUCCCUACCUCCUUAAGUGACUGCCAAACGCCCACCGGCUGGAACUGCUCCGGUUAUGAUGACAGAGAAAAUGAUCUCUUCCUGUGUGAUACCAACACCUGUAAAUUUGACGGGGAAUGUUUAAGGAUUGGAGACACUGUGACUUGCGUCUGUCAGUUCAAGUGUAACAGUGACUAUGUGCCUGUGUGUGGCUCCAAUGGAGAGAGCUACCAGAAUGAAUGCUACCUGAGGCAAGCUGCCUGCAAACAGCAGAGUGAAAUACUUGUGGUCUCAGAAGGAUCCUGUGCUACAGAUGCAGGAUCGGGAUCUGGAGAUGGAGUCCAUGAAGGCUCUGGAGAGACCAGUCAGAAGGAGACAUCCACCUGUGAUAUUUGCCAGUUUGGCGCGGAGUGUGACGAAGAUGCUGAGGAUGUCUGGUGUGUGUGCAACAUUGACUGUUCUCAAACCAACUUCAAUCCCCUCUGUGCUUCUGAUGGGAAAUCUUAUGAUAAUGCAUGUCAAAUCAAAGAAGCGUCAUGUCAGAAACAGGAGAAAAUUGAAGUCAUGUCUCUGGGUCGAUGUCAAGAUAACACAACUACAACCACUAAAUCUGAAGAUGGGCAUUAUGCAAGAACAGAUUAUGCAGAGAAUGCUAACAAAUUAGAAGAAAGUGCCAGAGAACACCACAUACCUUGUCCAGAACAUUACAAUGGGUUCUGCAUGCAUGGGAAGUGUGAACACUCCAUCAAUAUGCAGGAGCCAUCUUGCAGAUGUGAUGCUGGUUAUACUGGUCAACACUGUGAAAAGAAGGACUACAGUGUUCUUUACGUUGUUCCUGGCCCUGUCCGGUUCCAGUACGUCUUGAUUGCAGCUGUGAUUGGAACAAUUCAGAUUGCUGUCAUCUGUGUGGUGGUCCUCUGCAUCACAAGGAAAUGCCCCAGAAGCAACAGAAUUCACAGACAGAAGCAAAAUACAGGGCACUACAGUUCAGACAACACAACAAGAGCAUCCACACGGUUAAUCUAGAGGGAGCAUGUUUCCCAGUGGCCGGACAACCGACAGCUUGGACUACACAAUACAGUAUUAGAGACAAAAGAAUAAGACAAGAUCUACACAUGUUGCCUUGCGUUUGUGGUAAUCUACACCAAUGAAAACAUGUACUACAGCUAUAUUUGAUUAUGUAUGGAUAUAUUUGAAAUAGUAUACAUUGUCUUGAUGUUUUUCUGUAAUGUAAAUAAACUAUUUAUAUCACAAUAUAGUUUUUUCUUUCCCAUGUAUUUGUUAUAUAUAAUAAAUACUCAGUGAUGAGAAAAAAAAUGGCAUUCUUAAACUUGCAGUAAUUCAUAGCUGUAAACACAGUCCAACUGUCAUGGGCUAUGCAGACAGCAGUAUUUCAUCCCUCUGUGCAUCUUCAGACAACACAUUAGUUUGCACAGCAAUCUGUAGCUAGGUUUUGAGUGAUUCCAAGAUCAAGGGAUAUACUGCUUAUUGGAAAAAAGAAAAAUAAUUUACUUUAUUGAGGAAGCAUAAGAUAUGUCAUAUCCUUGAAUCAUCUCUGCCUCAUCUACUUUCUUCCCUGUCUUUCACUGUCAUUCACAGAACUGAAAAAUCUCUGGUAUGUAAGUUACAGAUGAGAAAAAGGGAAGUGUUUUGUGGCUCAAAAUAAAAUGCAAAAAA